UUUGUAUCGUGUUUCACAAAUUGGCUUCAGUGACACAAACAUGUAUACACAGAUAAUCUAUUUAAAACAUUAAAAGUUUUUGUUCAUACAUAGAUCAAAAUCUAAGGUUGUGCACUGUAUCCAUGGAUCAGGAGGAGCAAGAUAAAGCUUUGCCCAUUGCAAAUGUGGGUAGAAUCAUGAAGCAAAACCUUCCUCCAAGUGCAAAGAUCUCCAAGGAAGGGAAGCAACUAAUGCAAGAGUGUGUUACAGAGUUCAUAAGUUUUGUGACUGCUGAAGCAUCUGACAAGUGUCACAAGGAGAAUCGCAAAACCGUUAAUGGGGAUGACAUCUGUUGGGCUCUAAGUUCCUUAGGGUUUGACAACUAUGCUGAGGCCAUAGCAAUGUACUUGCAUAAAUACAGACAAGCAGAAAGGGAGAAAAUCAUUCACAACAACAAAAAAUAUGAAGGAUCAGCAGCAAAAUCUCUCAACCAAACUCAACUCAUCCUUGCUCCUCCUCCUCCACCACCACCAUCACUCUCUAGGGUUACUCAUCACAAGGUUCAAAACCCUCCCACCACAGAUCAAUCCUAGUUUCUGUGCUUUUCUGAAGAUCGACCAAGGAUCACAAGAACAACCCUUCUAAUUUUGUUCGAUAUUGUGAGGUAAUUUUGCAACCUGCUCAAAUAAGAGGACUUCCCCUUCUACCUACUUCAAACACUGUAUUGAUCAGCUUCUGUAAUGUUGUAUAUGAAUUAUAUGGGUGUUGAUUAAGUUAUGAAUAGUAGCUCUAAAUUUUCUACCAUAA